AUGGUGUCUUCACUGUCUUUCUGCAUUUUGUGCGUCUUCUUGGGAGAAAUGGCUCAGAGAACAGAUUCACAAAUGUUCUCGUCUGUUCCUCAAGAGACACGUUUCAUAUCAGCUGAAGUUGGUGGAAAGGUGACAUUAAAAUGUUUCCAUCAUGCUCAUAUUACUGCAAGAGUUUUCUGGUAUAAGCACACACUGGGACAGAAACCAAAGUCAGUCUCUUUAUUCUUCAAAUAUAAUUCGAACAACUCUUUUGAUGAUGAGUUCAGGAACAAUCCACGCUUCACGCUGGAUACAGAAAAUGGCAAAAAUCAUUUGACAAUCAGAGAUUUGCGUAUUUCAGACUCAGCUACUUAUUACUGUAUUCAGUAUUUAUACACAUUAACAUUUUUAGAGAACAUCAUCAUCAGUGUAAAAGGUUCAGGUGUGAACAUCAAAACUGUGGUUGAGCAGCCCACAUCUGAGACCCUCCAGCCAGGAGGCUCAGUGACUCUGAACUGUACAGUUCACACUGGGACCUGUGAUGGAGAACACAGUGUUUACUGGUUCAAACGCUCCAGCGAAUCCCAUCCAGGACUCAUUUACACCCAUGCAGGCAGGAAUGAUCAGUGUGAGAGGAAACCUGGCACACAAACAAACACCUGUGUCUACAACCUGCCGAUGAAUAACCUGAAUGUUUCUCAUGCUGGGACCUACUACUGUGCUGUUGCCUCAUGUGGACACAUACUGUUUGGAAACGGGACCAAACUGGACUUUAAAGGCGUGGUUGAUUGUCUGGGCUUGGUCUGUUUCUUGAGUGGAGCUCUGACCUUCAGCACUAUCCUGAGUGUUUUACUGGGUUACUUACUGUACAAGAUAAACAGGAGAAACAGAUACCAAUCUACAGAAUCUCAAGUAAGAUUUUCAGGCCCCACAGCAACAAGAUCACAGGGUUACCAGGAUGCUGACAGCCUUCAUUAUGCAGCUUUAAGUGUCAACAUCCCCAAGAGAUCAAGAACACAGAGGAACAACACAGAAAAUGAAUGUGUUUACUCAGGUGUAAAUAAAUAA